AUGAUAUUGAAUAAAUUAAAAUAACAACAUUUUUGGUACAUCAAUAAAAAUUGGAGGAUAAAAAAUCAAAUUCUAAUCAUACAAAUCGUGAGUUCAAUUUUUGUAUUUAUAUUAUUAGCCUCUUCCAUAAUCAUUAGUUAAUUAAUUGUUUAGAAAUCAAUAGAAGAAUCAUCUGAAAAAAUAUUUGUCAAAUAAACCUUGCAAUAAUUGAAUAGUGUUUGGUUGCAUAAAAAUAAUCUUUAAUACUUAAUUAGGUCUGCUUCUUAACAAAUUUAAAUUGUCUAAUCAUUUAAUAAGUUUAUUGAAAAAACUAGUAUUAUAACAAUGAUGCCUUUGUAAUGUUUGAAUAAACCUAAUACUAAUGAUUCAUAUUGCUAUAAUUCAUCAAAUUGUUUUGGGCUAUUCGGAGAUUGGUUUAAUCAAACUCAUCUUGAUCAGCUAAGUUACGUAUUUGCAGUAACCUCCUUGCUUACACAAUUUAGGACUGCUUUGGAUAAUACAUAAGCCUUAUAUUUUAGUCAUGCCAACCAGGCAUAAUUUUACACUAUAAAUUAAGGCUUCUACUUUAACUCUGGAUUCAAACCACACCAAAGGCCAUGGUACUUGUAUCAUCUCAAUUACACAUUAAAUGUCAUUAAUAAGAGCAAUUUAAUUGUGUACGGAAAACCAUAUGAAAUUUUUCCAGGAGGUAUAAGAAUCCCUAUAACUUCUAAUUUACUUAAUAUAGAUGAAGGAUUUGAAGGAGUAAUUGCUAAAGAUAUUGACUUUAAUUAAACUUCAGCAUUCAAACUUUUGGAUUAAGAAACUACAUUAAUAGUAAUUAAUUGUUAUGGUUAAGUAAUUUAUAGUAGACUUUACGAUUAGUUAAAUCAAUCAUUAUAUUCUAUAUCUGAUGAAACUUAUACGGGUUUCAAUGAAACAGAUUUUCAAUAGAUAAUGAAUUAUCAUAAUCAUAAAAACUUUUCAAAUAGUUGCAAUUUGAUUCUAGAAUAGGAUAAUGUCUUAUGUAGAUAUAAUUCUAAAUUAGAUGAUUUUUGCAUCAUUUAAACAGCAUAAAUUGCUCAUACUCCCUACAUUUUAGUAUUAUUCUAGGAUUCUAAAAAUAUCAAAAUAUUAUAAGAAGAAUAAUACAGCUUGAUAAAUCACGAAUAAAAGGAAAUUACAUAGCAAAGUAUUAUUAUGUAUUUGCUAUUAACUUUAUUUAUUAUUUUGAUUGCAUAAUUUAUGUCAAGCAUAAUGCUGAAAUAGUUAAAUUUAUUGAUAUGCUAUACAAAAUAUAACAUUUACGAUAAUAGGGUAUUCAAUUUAUGUAAGAUUACAAAUUUAAAAUAAAAAUAUUUGAUUCAAUCUCAAGAAAUAACAAAUUUAUAUUAUAGUGUUGUUGAAUUGAUUCAUCAUCGAAGACCUUCAAAAAAAAAUAAGUUAUGUUCUUCCGAAGAAGAUAAGUAGUAGUACCCUUAAUCAAGAAAACUCAAAAGAAUUAAACAAAUAAAAGAAUUAGUAAAUUAAAUUGAAGAUUAGUAAUUACGAAGUGAAUAAGAAAUUCUAUUACCAUGA